AUGGACCGUGUCAUGGACCUGUUUUGCCGGCUGUUGCUGGCUACUUAUCCCACUUUAGACGUACCAGCGGUCACAAAUGUCUCGGACCUCUGCAUGAGACCCAUAUGCGACAAAAGAGGUGUGCCACGUGGCUCAAAUUACCUAGCGGUGCCACUCAACGUUUCUUCAAUCUCGGAACUCCACUCGAUGCCCGGAUGUGUAGAAAAAGAUUUAGGACAAGCUAUUGACCUGCCAGCUGACGCAGAUCGCUUAAAAUUUCUCCUCAAUAUUUCUGACAUCUGCACAACACCCGGAUGCGUCAAAGCAGCUGCGCACAUCUUACAGAAUUUGGAUGAGAGUGUGGACCCCUGCGAUGAUUUUUUCCAAUUCGCCUGUGGUGGCUGGAUGAAGAGACAUGCCAGCGAACGAAAUUCUAUAGCUAUAAAUAAACUUAAGUCUUAUGUUGCUGCUCAAUUGAGAGUUCUUCUGCAAAAAAAGUUGACUGGCAAUGAACCGAAUUACGUUCGCAUGGUGAAAGUAAUAUAUGAUACCUGCAUGGAUUUGAAAAGCAUCGAGGCUAAGGGUAGCGAACCUCUAAAGAAAGUACUGAAAGAUCUCGGAGGAUGGCCAGUGGUGGAAGGAGAAAAUUGGGAUCCGGAUUCUUUCAACUGGAUGGAAACUCACUUUAAGAUCCGUAGAAUGGGCUACAAUCCGAAUAUAUUGAUAGACUUGUCUUCUUUGCAUAUACUAGGCAUCUCUAGUGAUCUAACAUUAGGCUAUCCAUCACUAGUAGUCGAUAAUGAAUAUUUGAUGCAAGGAUUAAAUUCUUCUACAACGACCGCUUAUUUCAACUUGAUGGUCACAUUAGCUAAUAAGUUGGGAGCAAAUGAAAGUUACUCAAAAGUUGAACUUCUGAAAGCUCUGAAUUUCGAAAGUAUGCUCGGAAAUUUAAUAGAGACACAUUACCAAAGAAUUGGGAGUCGUACACCUGUCAAGUAUACCGUUAAACAGCUAAUUGAAGAGGUGCGAGAGGGUUAUAGCCAAUUACAUGAUAUGGAGGGUUAUUCUGCAAUCUUUAGCUUUCUUGUCGAAAGAGUGGAGGAUCCUGGCUCCGAAAUCCUCCGUUUUUUUUAAAGGACAGAAAGAGGACCCACGUCAUGUAAAAUGCAUGUCUCUUUUUACGAAACAGUCGAACAGUUUAAAAGUAGCUCUCUUAUCUUACUACGUACGACACUAUUCCAAAAAAGA